AUAAUAACCUGAACCUGGAUUUUAUUUCAACAUAAUCUGUGCGUCAACAGUGCCUUAAUCUGUUCCGUCCAUCGCAAAAAUGCCAAGAGGAUUUUUAGUGAAAAGGAACAAGAAACCAAACCCUAUGUCUUACAGGGUACGCUCUGAUGAGGUGGAGCAGGGACAACAAGCUUUCGCAUCCUUCCCUGAGCGCGCAGAUGCAGCAUCGCUGUUCUGCGAGGCAUCAGCCACAGCAGCAGCCCCCGGACAAGAUGCUAAACCCGUUCAGUUUGGGAACCCGGGGGCAGUGUACCAGGUUCUCUACAGCCCCACCCGGCCCGUCAGUAAAGACCAUGAACAGGGAUAUUUAGAGAGACAUUUCAAUCUCGGCUCACCGGUGUCUGCUGAAUCCUUUCCCACACCUGCAGUGCUUACGACUUUAGAUCCCCUCUUUGCCCCAGUGGACCUAAAAAUCGGUACUAGUAACUGCAAUCGGACCGGGACAACCACGAACCCAAAUCUACCCGCUGUCACCGGGAAUGGCACCAAAAGGCCUUCAAGCGACACCGAGCGUAAAAACAAGCCUCCAUCAAAAAGAAACAAAGCUAUCAAGAAACUACAUUUCGAAGACGAGAUGACCACAUCACCCGUGCUUGGGCUAAAAAUUAAAGAGGCUCCCAUCGACCAAAAACCCAGACCACAGCCGGCAGCAGGUGACAAGCCUCUCGGUGAGUUCGUCUGUCAACUGUGCAGAGAAGCAUAUGGCGACCCCUUCGCGCUGGCCCAGCAUAAGUGUUCCAGGAUAGUGAGGAUUGAGUACCGAUGCCCUGAAUGUGAUAAGGUUUUCAGCUGCCCGGCAAACCUAGCCUCCCACAGGCGCUGGCACAAACCAAAACCUCAAAAUAACGCGUCAAUAUCUGGUGCACAACAUAUUAAAUCAGAGAGUGAUAAGAUGUGCACGCUCGACAAGGCUGUGUCUGAUGAAAUAAAGGGCCGGAGUGAUAGAGACACACCCAGCCCCGGGCUGUCAGAGUCGGGAUCAGUUGGAUCAGAGGAGGGUCUCUAUGAUUGUCAUCACUGUGGGAAAAAGUUUAAACGCCAGGCAUACCUAAGAAAGCACAUCCUAUCUCAACAUGCCACAGCUUCCCACAAUACCAGCAGUGAGGUCCACGAUGCCUAUCCCUUAUCCCAAAACGAAGGAAAGCCGAGUGACAAAACUCCAAGCCACGCACCAUUGAAUCUGAGUUCCUCAGGGUGCCACCUGUGCCCUGUUUGUGGAGAGGACUUUCCCAACAGAGUCAACCAGGAGAGGCACAUCCGUCUCCUCCACUCCUCGCAGGUCUACCCAUGCAAAUACUGCCCUGCCAUGUUCUACAGUUCUCCUGGACUUACACGGCACAUCAACAAAUGUCAUCCCUCAGAAAACAGGCAGGUCAUACUCCUUCAGAUGCCUGUGCGACCAGCCUGUUAAACUGAAGAGAUACCUGUGCCUUUACGCGUGGACGUCAUACAGUAUGCGUGAAGUUUGUCUCCGUCCUCGACCACUGCAUUUAAUAAUGGGGGAUUUAAAAUCCCGUUUGGAGCUUGAAUUAUAUAUUUUUCAGACUCAUCUUAGUUUAUCUAAAGUACGUAAAGCGUUAGACUGUUAACUUAUUUUUCUAGGAUCUCUGCACAAGUGCUUUUGCAUUAGCUUCUAGACCUAAGAAAGGCAUAUCCUAGCUGUACCGUUGUCAUAAAAUUGCCUUUUAAUUCACAGGCUGGAAAUGUAUCUAUCACUUUAUUAGCUUGUGAAUCUGUGGACAUUCAAUUUUAGCUUUGUCUCUGAACAUAAUACAAUUUGAAAGGUUUGCCCUAGUGUAGCCAUCAAUGCCUUGGAUUAGAGCUCAUGUACACUCCUGCUGUAAAACUGCCUUAAUUUAUAUGUCGAAUAAUGAUUGUUUUUAAUGUCUUAUUUAUCAUUGGCCAGAUAUUGUAUCAUUAUUGUUAUUUUACACGUGUAUUGCCAAUAUACUACACAUAAAACCA